AUGGUCAACCCAUCCCCUAACACUAAAUCGGAGAGCCUUACUCUGGUCUUUGGGCCUCAAGACCCUAACCUCGACAACACAUUCUUGCAGUCACUCCGGACAACUCUACUCGAAACACCUGAGCUCCAGUGGAGCAUAGAAACGUUGACACAGCUACCCCAAGAAUGGCAAAAGAUUUCAGAUGCUCACCCAGAGCUAGGGGCAUUCCAGGGUCAAAAGUAUCUGCAGUUGCUUAACGAAUGGGUCAGACGAGGCAUACUGCCCUCAAAUCUGUUUCCGCUCCCCAACAUACUCGUUACCCCGUUGGUUGUGACGACGCAAUUGGCACAGUACACGAAGCUCGUAACACAGCUCAACCCGGGGAUCUCAUUAAACGACAGCCUUCCAAGAGCUUUGAAACUCGACACGGAGACAGCAGGUCUCUGCACUGGACUCAUCAGCUCGGCUGCAGUGGCUAGCUCUGCGACUCUGGCAGAGCUACAAAAACAUGGCGCAGCCGCUAUUCGAAUUGCUACCGCUAUCGGAGCGCUAGUUGAUGCAGGAGAUUCAGAUCGUGAAGAUGGAGACAAAUGGCAGUCGUUGGCUGUUGGGUGGACAACCCAGGCUGCGGAGAGUAAAUUGGACAACAUUGUAGACGGUUUCCCUGAGGCAUAUGUGUCCGUCAUUUCCGAGGCUCGCCUCGCCACUCUCACCGUGCUCAAGACCGACGCACCUGAACUGUUGGAUAAACUAAAAGGUGCUGGUUUCAUCUUCACGAAGACUGCCUUGCGUGGGCCAUUCCAUUGCGGCAAGCGCAAGGAUCAGGCGUCUUCCCUCUUGCAACUCUUCGACUCGGACCCAUCCUUCCAGUUCCCCCACACUUCUCAAAUCCCCUUCAGCACGCGUUCUGCGGAUGGCGGCAAAUUUCAAACCGAGGACAAACUCAACCAUGCCGCCGCCCGGGCAAUGUUGACCGACAAGGCUGAUUGGCACAAACUCUUCACGGUACUGCAAGAGUUGACCGCUACUCGGCCAUCUCUUACCAUCUGCUUCGGGAGCCAGCGCUUCGUGCCGCAGUGGUUUCUACGCAAGCUCGGCCCAAAACUAGCGUAUGCUGCCGAUCUCGAUCCUCAGUCGGGCCAAUUCCCCCCAGCGCUAGGUGCUCUGUUAGGACCCAUUGAGGAUGACGCCAUUGCCGUAGUCGGCAUGGCCUGCCACUUCCCGGGUGGAAGUGACCUCGACGAGUUCUGGGACACGAUGUGCUCGGCAAAGUCACAAUGCACUGAGGUGCCUUCGGACCGCAUCAAUUUCGACUACGCUGCCUGGCGCGAAAACGAUAAGAAGAGAAAGUGGUUUGGUAACUUCGUCCGUGACCAUGAUACCUUUGAUCACAAGUUCUUCCAGAAGAGUCCACGAGAAAUGGUGUCCAGCGACCCCCAGCACCGAAUGAUGUUGCAGGUCUCCUACCAGGCUGUGCAGCAAUCUGGAUAUUUCAAUAAAGCAGCGAUUGAUCAGCACGUCGGUUGCUACGUGGGCAUCGGAGUGGUUGACUACGAGAACAAUGUUGCGUGUCAUGCGCCCACUGCUUAUACUGCGACGGGUAACCUGAAGUCUUUCGCUGCCGGAAAGAUCAGUCACUUCUUUGGCUGGAGUGGUCCCGGUGUUACCAUCGACACAGCCUGCUCGUCCUCUGCCUUGGCUGUUCAUCAUGCCUGUAACGCUAUUCUGAACGGUGAAUGCAAUGCUGCUCUUGCUGGUGGUGUUAAUGUUAUGACAAGCCCAGAGUGGUACCAGAACCUUGACGGUGCCUCUUUUCUCAGUCCUACCGGACAAUGUAAGCCCUUUGAUGAGGCCGCGGAUGGCUACUGCAGAGGCGAAGGCGCUGGCGCUGUCUUCUUGAAGAAACUAUCCGCCGCGAUCGAAGAUGGCGAUCAGGUUCUAGGGGUUAUCAGGGGAUCCUCUGUGAACCAAAACGCAAACUGCUCGGCUAUCACCGCCCCAAGUGUUCAAUCCCUCACCAGUGUGUUCAACGGCGUUCUAAGCAAGGCUAGACUAGAUCCAAAGCAAAUCUCCGUGGUUGAGGCACAUGGUACUGGUACACAGGUCGGUGACCGCGCAGAGUACGACAGUGUUCGCCGGGUGUUGGGCGGACCGGGUCGCGCGGAGCCUCUUUCCCUAGGCUCAGUUAAAGGCCUCAUCGGUCAUUUAGAGUGUGCCUCCGGUGUAGCUGCUUUGAUCAAAGUGCUUUUGAUGAUUCAAAACGGCGCAAUCCCUCCGCAAUCAAGCUUCCGUACUAUCAGCUCGAAACUGAACGCAUCGCCGUUGGAUAAUAUCGAAAUAUCCACUCGGCUGAGGCCGUGGGCGACAGACUUCCGAGCAGCGCUCCUCAACAACUACGGUGCCUCUGGCUCAAACGCGUCGCUUCUCAUCACACAGGCAGAUCAUGGGCAACUUCAAGGUGAAACCCCUAGGGUGGCCGAUGCAGCUGCUGGCAGGCGUCCAUUCUGGUUCUCUGGCAUAGACGACCAGUCCUUGCGAUCGUAUACCGCGAAGAUGGUUCGACUGCUCCAAUCGAGAAAGCCGACGGACAACCGCUUUACGAUUGAUAAUCUCUCUUACCAAUUGGCGCAUCAGUCAAAUCGCUCGCUCGGACAAUCACUCAUCUUUAGCUGCGCGUCCGUUAACGAGCUCGAGGCGAAGCUCACCAGCUUCGCAGAUGGACGGGGCGAGCUGACCUCCACCCAGCGACAACAAUCAUCUCGUCCGGUCAUUUUGUGCUUCGGAGGGCAGAGGUCCAACUUUGUCGGCCUGGACCGUGAGGCUUACGACCAAUUCAAAUUGCUCCGCACUCACCUAGACCAGUGCCAUGAGACAUGUGUGUCCCUGGGUCUUGAUGGAAUCAUUCCAGCCAUUUUUGAGCGAACUCCCAGACAUAGCAUUGUCGAGUUGCAGGUCAUGCAGUUCGCUCUGCAGUACUCGUGUGCCAAGAGCUGGAUUGACAGCGGCGUCCAGGUCGCUGCGCUGGUGGGCCACAGCUUCGGGGAACUCACCGCUAUGUGCGUCUCUGGAACACUCUCCGUCAGGGACACGUUAAGGAUGAUUGCUGGGCGUGCUCGUCUUCUUGAAGAGAAGUGGGGUCCUGACCGUGGCAUAAUGAUGGCCGUCGAUGGUGAGUUGGAGAGCGUUGAAAGGCUGCUACGCCAGACCAACGCCGCGCACACGACAGAGCCACCCGCCAAUAUCGCUUGCUUUAACGGUCCCCGCCAAUUUACCCUAGCGGGUACAUCAAAGGUGAUCGUGGAUAUAAAGCAGACUUUGUCGAGCGAUCCAUCUUUCUCGUCCAUCAAAUCGAAGCAGCUGGAUACCACCCACGCCUUCCACUCCGCACUCGUGGACCCUCUAGUCCCCGACCUUGAGAAACUCGGGGAGGACCUGAUCUUCCGUAGCCCAACCAUUCACCACGAAAGAGCCACCCGGGAGGCGAUCGGUGGUCCGCCCGCUUUCAAUGUCUUUGCCUCUCACAUGAGGGACCCUGUCUAUUUCGAUAAGGCAGUGCAGCGGUUGGCCGAGAAAUACCCAUCUAGCAUCUGGCUCGAAGCGGGCUCUGGCUCGGGUGUCACAGCACUGGCAAGUAAGGUGGCAGGAUCAGGUGGUAAGGCCUUCCAAUCAAUCAAUAUCACCAGCUCUGGAGCCGUCCAGAACCUGGCAGAUGCUACGGUCAAUCUCUGGAAAGAGGGUCUGAAUGUCUCAUUUUGGGAGCAUGUUGGACAGAGGUCGAACAACUGCGUUCUCCUCCUGCCACCGUAUCAAUUUGCCAAAUCGAGACAUUGGCUCGAGCGCCGGAAGCCAGUGGUCAAGGAGGCAGCCCCCGUGGCUCCUUUACCCGCGUCACCCAAGGGACUUUGGACGUUCAUGGGGUUCCAGGAUACUGGCAACACUCACGCCCGCUUCCAUAUUCAUUCCACCUCAGAUGAGUUCAAAAAGUAUGUCGGUGCUCACCUCGUCGCACAAACAGCACCCAUUUGCCCCAGCAUGUUCCAGCACGUUAUGGCAAGAGAGGCACUCGCAAGUCUCUUGGAAGGCUCUGACACAAUUCCCGAACUUGAGAAUAUGGAGAAUGAUGCACCAUUGUGCCUUGAUGAGUCCAAGCUUGUUUGGCUUGAUGCAAACAGAACCGACAGUGAAUCAACUAGCUGGGACUUUCGCAUCACCAGCGUAGACAAAGACAACGCUGGAGGCAAUGCGACCCAGCACGUUUCAGGCCGGCUGUUGUUCCGCUCCCUCGAUGAUUCCUCCAAGAUCUUUACAACGUGUGAACGCCUGGUAGAUCGACGACGUGCUCUUGCGCUGCUGGACGGACCAGAGGCCGAGCAGGUGAUCCAAGGCAGUCGUAACAUCUACAGGGCUUUUGCACCCGUUGUGCAGUACAAUGAUGAUAGCUACAAGGGCUUGCAAAAGCUCGCCGCUAGUGGUAACGAGUCGGCGGGACGGAUCGUCAAGCAAGAUGUGGAACAAACUAUCCUCAGCGUGGGACUCGCUGACAACUUCUGUCAAGUGGCUGGCAUCUUUUUGAACUGUAUGGCUGAAUGUGACGACAGCAACAUGUACCUAUCCAAUCGUGUCGAGAGGUGGAUCCGCUCCCCCAACGUUCCACUGGACUCGCGACCAGAGCAAUGGGAGGUGCACGCGAUCCAUAAUCACCCCUCUCCCAAGGAGUAUGUGAGUGACCUGUUCGCUUUUGACUCUGCUACCGGCAAGUUGGUAUGGGUUAUCAUUGGUCUUCACUUCGUCGAGGUGUCUAUCGCUGGCAUGUCUCGCCUCUUGGGCCGCUUCGCUGGCGUAAAGUCUACAAAGCAGCCGGCAGCCGCAGCCGCAGCUCCAGAGUCCCUUCCAGCACUGCCCGCUAUUGCCUCUAACACUGCCCCAGCUGCAAAAGCAUCUGCAAGCAAACCCAAGGCCAAGACCUCUACCAGCUCACCCGCGCUUCAGAAGCAACAGACAAAGCGGAAGAAGGCCCCGGGACGUGAUGUUUUGAACGGUGUCCGGGAGCUGUUCUGUAACUUGCUUGGUCUCGAACCAGAAGACAUCCAACCUGGUUCAGAUCUCGUUGAGUUAGGCAUUGACUCACUGCUAGCCAUGGAGGUUGCCCGAGAGGUAGAGAAAGCAUUCAGCAUCAAGUUCGAACUCGAGGAGCUCAUGCAAAUGACCGAUGUCCGGAGCUUAGUGAACUGCAUUCAGGCCAACAUGGGUGCAUCGGACUCCUCUACCACAGAUGGAGAUCUGAGCGAUGACUUCGACGAGGCCUCAGCAGCUAGCGGCAUCCAAACUCCGCCAAGUGAGCCUGCUGAAGAUGUCAAAAGUCCCAGUAUCGGGAGUGCACCAACUACUGAACGACUCCCUGCUGAAUCCAUUAUCGAGGCUUUUACUGCAACCAAGCUUCUGACGGAUCGGUUUAUCGAGCAAAACGACCUCUCUGGGUACUCAAACUACGUUCAGCCAAAGCUGACUGAGCUGGUCGUGGCCCACACACUUGACGCCUUUGACCAAUUGGGUAGCUCCCUUCGUUCUGCGCAGGCGGGCCAGACUAUCAAGCACAUCCCCUAUCUUCCUAAACAUGAAAAGGUCAUGGCUGUUUUGACUGGUCUAUUGGAGAAGGCUCGUCUUGUCGACUUAAGUGGCUCAACAAUGAUUCGGACAGCUGUACCUUUGCCAACCAAAUCCGCUUCGCAGCUGCUCGAGGAACUCCUGCGCGAAUAUCCCGAGCAUGCCUACGACCACAAGCUUACUAGUUUGACUGGAUCAAGACUAGCAGACUGUCUAAGUGGCAAAACGGAAGCUAUUCAGCUGCUCUUUGGCAGCGCCGAAGGACGGGAGCUUGCCGCCGGCAUGUAUGGAAAGUCCCCAAUCAAUGUGGCCUGGCUCCGUCAGCUCCAGCAUUUCUGGCAGCGCUUCUUAGCCCACCUUCCACAACAGCAACAGGAGCCCAUUAAUAUCUUGGAAAUGGGCGCCGGGACAGGAGGCACCACGGCAGCCUUACUGCCGCUCCUCGCCAGCUCGGGCGUCCCCGUCCGCUAUACUGCUACCGACAUCUCUCCUUCUCUGGUGGCAGGUCUCCGGAAGCGUUUCAAGGACUACCCCUGGAUGCGCUUCGAGGUUAUUGAUAUCGAAAAAGAACCACCCGCCAAGCUUCUGGAAACCCAGCACGUGGUGCUAGCGACCAACUGUGUACACGCAACCCACAGUCUGGCGGUGACCACCAAGAACAUCCACAGAAUCCUUCGGCCUGAUGGCUUCCUCGUCAUGUUGGAAAUGACGGAAGCCGUGCCAUGGGUCGACUCGGUGUUUGGACUGGUGGAAGGCUGGUGGCUGUUCAAUGACGGUCGCACCCAUGCCCUCGCUCAACCCGACUUCUGGCAGCAGACAUUACAUGCCAACGGAUAUGGCCAUGUCGACUGGUCCGAUGGCCAGCUCCCCGAGAAUUCUAUCCAGCGUAUUAUUAUCGCACUCGCGUCUUCAGAAAGCCAAAACUUGGUAUCUAUGUGUUCCCCAGCUCCUUCGAUCUCCACAGCUGACUUUGCUGCGCGUCAAGUGGUAGUGGACUCUUUAGUCCAGAAACACACCCACGACUUUGCCGCUCCUACCUCACUCUCAAGUUCCCAAGCAAGUAAUGAUUCCUUUCGUUGUGUGUUGGUGACUGGCGCUACCGGCAGCCUCGGAUCCCACCUGGUUGCCCACUUCGCUGCGCAACCGGACGUACGCACAGUCAUCUGUCUGAACCGGGUGAGUGGCUCAGAUGCGACAGCUCGCCAGCUCGAGGCACUGCAAUCAAGAGGCCUAGAGCUCGAUCAAAGCCUUGUAUCGAAGAUUGAAGCAAUCGAAACAAACUCCUCAGCACCCAUGCUCGGCCUUGUUCUUAACGAGUAUCAACAAUUAGUCCAUUGUGUUACCGACGUCGUCCACAACGCAUGGGCCAUGAGCAUGACCCGCCCAGCAUCUGGCUUCGAGCCCCAAUUCAAGGCCCUUCGCAAUUUAAUUGAUCUCUGUCGCGAUGCAGCCUGUCACCGACGACCGGGUAUGCGAAAAAUCGGGUUCCAAUUCGUCUCCUCCGUGUCGGUUGUGGGCUGUCAUCCUUUUCUAACCAACAAGGCUCGGGUCCCGGAGCAGCGGGUCAACGUAGCCUCCGCCCUGCCGAUGGGUUACGCAGAUGCCAAACUCAUCUGUGAAAAGAUGCUGGAUGAGACAUUGCAUAAAAAUCCGGAGCAUUUCCGCACCAUGUCUGUAAGGGUCGGCCAAAUCUCCGGGUCCAAGAUAAACGGGUACUGGAAUCCGGUGGAACACUUGGUGCACUUGAUCAAGUCGUCGCAGUCCCUUGACGUGCUUCCCGAUCUCGACGGUGUCUUAUCAUGGUGCCCAGUCAACGAUGUAGCCGGCACACUCAGUGAUCUCCUUCUGGGAGACAACAAUUCCGCCUACCCAAUCUACCACAUUGAGAAUCCCGUAAGACAGCCCUGGCCCGAGAUGAUCUCGAUACUUUCCGACGCCCUGGAUAUUCCACGAACCAACAUCAUUCCAUAUGAUGAAUGGCUCCAGCGUGUCCACAACUGUCCUCCUAGCAUUCCGGCAUCGGAGAAUCCCGCGGUGCGGCUUGUCGACUUUUUCGAAGAGGACUUUUUGCGCAUGUCCUGUGGUGGAAUGAUACUCGAUACAACACAUAGCAAGGAGCAUUCGGCGACGUUGAGAAGUUUGGGUCCGAUUGACCGAGAGCUAGUCAUGAAGUAUAUUCGGGCGUGGAAAGAAUCGGGGUUUUUGGUGUAA